GGAGGAGGCAGAAGGUUUUAUCUCGGUGCUGAAGUGAAGGAUGGCAGCUCGGGGUUUGACUCCGAAUCCCAAACUCACAUCAUCACGUUGGCAAAACGUUAAUCAAGCCACGAGAGAACUGAAACCGUGGCAGCGUCUCCACACGCCGGGGGAUUACUGAAGCUCUACGCUCCACAACACGCAGAGAAAAACAGGCCGUAAUCCUGCACUGGAGCUGCCAGGCUAAUGGAGCUAACAGGGCUUGUUUGUCUCAGUGGGCUCCUCUCCGUCCUCCGUGUCGUCUCCGGAUCUGAGGGACGGGUCGACAGAUGCGAGUGUCCAUCAGCCACCAUCACGGAUCAGUUUCCUUCCCAUUUCUCCAACGAGACCUGCUGUCUGAACUUCACUGGAUCUUCAUUUCCACGAGUCUCAUGGGCCGCAUUAAGAUCCACGCCCGACCUUCAGAUCCUGGAUUUGGCCUUUUGUAACGUCACACUGAUCCAUGACACGGCUGUGGGCUCUGCUCCGGCUUCUCUACGAGAGAUUUAUUUAAAUCAGAAUCAGCUGAGAUUCCUUCCUCGAGAUUUCCUCGUUGAUGCCGUCGGUUUGGAGGUGCUGGAUUUGGGGCAGAAUUUUCUGGAGGAACUUCCUGUCCAUUUCCUAAAGAAUGCCGAAAAUCUGCGAGUUCUGAUUCUUAGCGGAAAUCGUUUGAAAUCACUUCCUGCGUCCGUCCUCAAACUUCCCCUCCAGCGGAUGGAUUUAUUGGGAAAUCCGUGGACAUGUGCUUGCUCUUUCGUGGAGGAUUUCCACUCUGCUAAUCAGGGCAACUCCAGCAGGUUGCAGGGCAUUGUGGGUAACCUGACAUGUUCUUCCCCUGAAAGCCUUUCAGACAGGACAGUUUGGUCCGUCCACAUUGAUGACGUUUGUCGUCUUUCAGGUCUGAAUGCUCUCUUCAUCCUGCUUCCGCUCCUCCUCCUCGUUCUUCUGAUGCUCUGCUGGUGCUGCGGGAGGAAAGAGGAGAAGAAAGACUUGCAGAAAUCUGGGACAGUGCGUAUGAAGAACGGAGAUUUAAGCAACGGGAGCACAAAGGACAACAUGUUGAAGAACCAGCUGAUGUUCAGACCUUCCUCAGCUCUUCUGGGCAGCACGAGGGACAUCUACGAGGAAGUGGAGGUCAAACUGGGGUCAGUGGACUCUCUGGGACCUCCACCUUCCACCUCAUCUGGUAAAGAGGAGCACCGGGAACUGGACAGUAAGCAGGAUUUAGAGACGGUGAGUGUGAGCGAGGUGAUGAGGGACUCAGCGGAUCGAGAGAAAGCCUACAUGACUCAGUCCACUAAAUACUACAGCCUGGUUCCGGGGCUGGAAAUCGACGACUCGGACCAUGGCGAGUACGAGAGCGUGGAUCUGUCAUGAAGUUCCGUCUUCACUACUGGACAAUUCGUCUAUGUCAAUAACCUCGGGUGGACGGUGGUAAUUAUGGAAGUUUACAAUAUACUGAGAACUCUGAAGUGAGAACCUCGUACACAAUCGAGUCCAAAAGACUUCCACUGUUAGGAACUGUUGGUGUAGAUGAAGGACUCAGAUGAAGGACUCAGAUGUUAGUACGAGUACACUCAGAAAACUUGUGUGUUGAAUCUGAAUCGGAGUGAAAUUGAUUCUUAUUGAUUCGUUUGUUGUGUGGUUCGGUUUCACGCUGCACAAUAAACAAACCUUUCAUGAUUAGACAGUGAUGUAAAUAACUCGUUUAAAACGUCUCUGUGUGACAUCCAGAGUUAAUUUUUUUACUUUUCGUUUGUUUUGUGCGUCCAAAUCUCCAGAACACGUGACGUUUCUGCAGUUCUGUCCUUCUUACAGCCAGGAAAGUUGGGACUCGGACGAUGGAGGGUUCUAGAGUGUGGGUUUGCCCUGACCACACUGUGUUUUGUUUUUAAUGAGACGCUGGACAGGACAUGUGAGACGUGAGGAAUGUGGAUUAAAGACGUUAACUAGCA